AUGUCACGCUCGUUUCGACGCUCGAAUCCCAUUACCAUAAUCCUUGCCGGCAUCCUCUGCAUUGGCUUCUUCGUUUUCUUCUUCUCUGGCACCGAUGUGCCGUCAAUCACCAGAAAAGGAGGGGGCGAGGUAGCCUCGAACCCACUCUCUCCACCAUCGCUACCGUUCCGCAAGUCCAAAGCGAACGCUCCACAGGCCGCGCCGCCCGUCGUGCACUACUACAUGAACAAUGUGACCAACACGCGCACGCCAAUCGAGAACGAAGAGACGGUCCUCAUCCUCACACCGCUGGCAAAGUUCUACCAGGAGUACUGGGACAACCUCCUCAAGCUCAGCUACCCACACAACCUCAUCUCUCUGGGCUUCAUAAUACCAAAGACAAAGGAGGGCAAUGCCGCAUACGCUGCGUUGCAGGCACAAGUCACCAAGACACAGACAGGAUCCAAGAAGAACCGCUUCUCCGCCAUCACUAUCCUCCGUCAGGACACCGAGUCCCCACUCCAGUCGCAAAGCGAGUCCGAGCGUCACAAGAUGGAGAAUCAGAAGGCACGACGGGCGGCUAUGGCCAAGGCGCGCAACUCGCUCCUCUUCACAACCCUGGGCCCCACAACCUCGUGGGUUCUGUGGAUAGAUGCCGACAUCGUCGAGACCCCGCCUACCCUGAUCCAAGAUCUCGCCGACUACGACGUGCCCAUCAUUGUCCCCAACUGCUUCCAGCGAUACUACAACGAAGAAAAGAAGGCUAUGGAUAUUCGGGAAUAUGAUUUCAACAACUGGAUCGACAGUCCCACAGCAAAGGAUCUUGCUUCUAAGAUGGGCAAAGAUGAUAUUCUGUUGGAAGGUUAUGCCGAGAUGGCUACCUACCGCAGCCUCAUGGCUAAGAUGCACGAUACGUCUGCGGACCCCAAGGCCAAGAUCAAGCUCGAUGGUGUAGGUGGUGCCACUCUGCUUGUCAAGGCAGAGGUACACCGAGACGGCGCCAUGUUCCCGCCCUUCGCCUUCUACCACCUCAUCGAGACUGAGGGUUUCGCCAAGAUGGCGAACCGAUUGAACUGGGAAAGUUUCGGAUUGCCAAACUACCUUGUGUACCACUACAACGAAAAAGAGCAGGGAAGCAUGGCAGACAUAAGCGGACCCCGUAAACGCGGUACCGACCGCAGCGACACCAUGUCACCACGAACGCUCAGCGCCGACGAAACCUCUCCCAUAGUCACAAGCUCGCAAUCCCACAACAACCAGGACUACAAAUCCAUAUCGCCUGAUAUGCGUGCGCGCGACCACUCCUCCACCACGAAAGCCGCAAACCCAUCUCAAGAUCCGAAUGGCGCGUCUUCCAUACCUCAAGAAUACGCGGUUACAGAACAUGGUGCACGACAAGAAGGCACGGCAGGUAACUUGCAACCGGCAACCGACCAGAGACAGUCAAAGGGUCAUACUACUACGGAGCGCGCAAGAAGCGCAGAGAGAGAAGCGGCAGCGGUAGAACGACGGGAAAAGGGUUGGUGGAGCGGGUUCUGGGAAAAGUACGGCAGCGUGGAACUGGACAACAAGGGUAGUGUUGCGAGAGACCAUUUAGCCUUGGAACGCACUUUCUUAGCCUGGCUCCGAACCUCCCUUUCUUUCGCCAGCAUCGGCAUAGCAAUAACGCAACUCUUCCGCCUAAACACAUCCCUAUCAAACUCCCCAGACGCAUCCCACACGUCCUCUCCACAAGCCAAACUGCGGCACUUGGGAAAGCCGCUCGGCGCAACCUUUAUUGGUAUUUCCAUCUUGAUGCUUUUGAUAGGUUUCCAUCGGUACUUUGAGGCCCAGCAUUAUGUUAUACGGGGCAAAUUUCCUGCAUCAAGGAGGAGCAUUAUUAUAGUUAGUGCGAUAGCGGGCGCGCUGAUAGCCAGUUCGCUCAUCAUCAUAGUGGUUACGGCGCCGGGGGCGUUUGAGAGUUGA